UUUUCACCCGCUUACCAUUCGUUGUCUUGACGCCGUCUCGGCAAGACUCGCAGAGGAUCUUUCCGUCAUUACGUGUUAUCUUCUCAGAGAGGUUGCGUUGUGUUCGUCAUGGCUUCGCACUUCACGCUGCUGCUGUGUAUUUCCCUGGCAAUUGUCGCUGUUUCUGGACUGAAAUGUCCCUCGUGUGAAACAGUCAGAUGUGCAAGUCCCGAGUCACUCAACUGCCAGUAUGGGGCAGUAGAGAAGCAGUGCGGAUGCUGUUACGAAUGUCGUAAGGGCGUGGGUGAAGAAUGCGGUGGCCCUAAAAACAUCUUAGGCACCUGCGCUGAAGGGCUGGUCUGUGGCGCAGGAGGCAAGAAGGCAAGGCAAGGUUACUGUAGGGCCUACUGAUACGUCCCGUAGUAGGGGUUGCCGGUGUCGUGGAAAAGGACCGUGUUUUUACAGAAAGGUGGUUAAUUUAUUUCCAGAGAAAGGAUGACUGGAUUCUGAAGGACGACGAAUUCAACAGAUAAUGCCGUUUCAAUUUCAGUUGGUAAUAAAGUAUAUGCAGUUGUCAUUGGGCAUUCAAAGUUGUCGUAAGAUUUCAAAUUGUCAAAAACUUAAAAAAAAAAACAUCGACAA